UCGAACAUUACAUAUAGUUGGCACCAUGACGCAUGAAUCAUAACAGUGCUAGAACUUGGUUCAGGAGAACCAACAAAUUAACACAAAGUACGAAGAUAAUUUCAAUCAUUCAAAUUGGUAACCAUGCCAAUCCGUUCCCGUGAAACUGCACAGAGGCCAGGAUUGUUAGACCGUCAAAGACCACUACAUGCAGUCCUUGGCGGAGGAAAGCUUGCUGAUAUAUUGCUAUGGAAAGACAAGAUAUUAUCGGCAGCAAUGGUAGCUGGGUUCUCCAUCAUUUGGUUCCUCUUUGAAGUGGUCGAAUACAAUUUUCUUACUCUACUUUGUCACAUCCUCAUGGCCAUUAUGCUCAUCCUAUUCGUAUGGUAUAAUGCAGCUGGACUUAUCACAUGGAACCUGCCACAAAUCUAUGAUUUUCAAAUCCCCGAACCCACCUUUAGAUUCUUGUUUCAAAAGCUCAACUCGUUCUUAAGGAGAUUUUACGACAUUUCAACUGGGAAAGACCUCACACUCUUCUUUGUGACAAUUGCGUGUCUCUGGAUCUUAUCAGCUAUUGGGAAUUAUUUUACCACUUUGAAUCUUCUAUAUAUCAUGUUCCUCUGCCUGGUGACUCUUCCCAUUAUGUAUGAGAGAUAUGAAUAUGAGGUGAAUUAUCUAGCAAGCAAAGGAAACCAAGACGUGCAGAGAUUGUUCAACACAUUGGAUACUAAAGUUCUAACCAAGAUUCCAAGGGGACCUGUGAAAGAAAAGAAGAAGAAAUGAAGUUUAGAUAUGCAAUAUAAUGCACGAAAUAAAGUACACUAUAAUAUAAGCUGUACCACUAAUUGGCUACACUUAGAUUUAGAUCUAUCUCCUGAUUUAAGUAUGUAAAAGAAAAUAAUGCUUGUAAAUUUAUUUCUCUGAAAAAACAAGUGCUUGCAACAACAUAUUUCUAUGAAAUAUUUAGGGUAAUGGAAUAAUUGAAUGUUCA